UCAGCCAAUGAGCGUCGAGCUCACCGGUCAUCUUCGGCUCACUGUUGACGCAAUAAUGAAAGUGUGCAGUGUCGCUCAAUUCCCACGUUGUUGUCAUUCGGAGAGACGCGUCCAGCAGACGGGAAGUUCCGUGGUGUCGCAGGAGUGUAAUUUUCCGACAGGGUAUCACGAUGGAGAAUGGGGAUGACAGCAGAGUGCGCUCCCGCCACCGAAACCUUGCCCAAAUGCCCACCUACUCUGACCCGGAUAGCCCAGUGAAUGGCCAGUGUAGCCUAGGAGGGGAUCAGAAUCAGUCCAUUGGAGACAGUCACAUCAGCAGCAGUGGGAAAAUUGAGGUGGAGCAAAUGAUCAGCAAGAAGCUACAACUGAAAAGGAAAGCAGAGUACCUGAAGAAGGACCUGAUGCGCGAAUUUGACAACCAGGUCAAUGACUUCAUGGACAGCCUUAUUGAGGAGUCGACUAGAGUGGAGGCUGCACCCCUGCCUGCUGUCUUCUCACCCACUCUGUCAGACAGGGAGAGAAGCAGACUUGGUUUGGCCAUGUGUUCCUCCAGGCAUUUCCGACCUCCUCACGGCGAGGGCAAGCAGUUUGUCAGCCGCAGGUCCCUUCUUGAUGAGCUCUUUGAGGUGAACCACAUCCGGACUAUCUACCACAUGUUUAUUGCCCUGCUCGUUCUUUUCAUCCUCAGUACGUUGGUGGUUGAUUUCAUCGAUGAAGGCAGACUGGUGCUAGAUUUUGACCUGCUGGUCUACGCAUUUGGGCAAUUCCCACUGGUGGUGUGCACGUGGCUCUUUAUGUUCCUUUCAGUUUUAGUGGUUCCCUAUCCCCUGUUCAAGCUGUGGACGCAGAGCCAGUCUGGCUCUUCCGGUCACCACAAGCUUUACAGUUUUCUGUUUGGCUCCACGUUCCUUCUCUAUCAAGCCUUGGGCCUUGGUUUUUUACCCACAUAUGUGGUUGUGGUCAACAGUUUGCCCCCGGCCUCGUGCUUCAUCGUCAUCUUGGAGCAGGUGAGACUCAUGAUGAAAGCCCACUCUUUUAUAAGAGAGAAUGUCCCAAGAGUUCUGGCCUGGGCUAAGGACAAGUCCAGCCCAACCCCAGUAGUGCCUCAUGCUUCUCAAUAUCUCUACUUUUUGUUUGCCCCUACGCUUAUCUACAGAGAUAAAUAUCCAAGGAGCCCAAUGAUCAGAUGGGGCUAUGUGGCCACAAAGUUACUCCAAGUACUAGGCUGUCUGUUUUAUGCGUACUAUGUGUUUGUGCGGCUCUGCAUCCCUCAGUUCCGCAGCAUCAGCCUUCAGUUUUUUGACCUGAGGGCCAUGGUCCUUGGCGUGUUUAACUCCAUCCUCCCUGGAGUGUUGGUUCUUUUCUUGGGUUUCUUUGCCUUCCUCCACUGUUGGUUGAAUGCAUUUGCAGAGAUGCUUCAGUUUGGCGAUAGGAUGUUCUAUAAGGACUGGUGGAACUCAACAUCUUUUGCCAACUACUACCGUACUUGGAAUGUAGUCGUUCAUGACUGGCUGUUUCACUACGUGUACCGGGACUUCCUUUGGAUCUCCCAGAAGCGUUUCCGAACAGCAGCCAUGCUGUUUGUGUUUACAUUGUCUGCAGUUGUCCACGAGUAUAUCCUUGCAAUCUGCUUCGGCUUCUUCUAUCCAGUCCUCUUCUGUCUGUUUAUGUGCUUUGGAAUGAUGUUUAACUUCAUCCUCCAUGAUCAAAGGAAAGGUCCCAUCUGGAAUAUAAUCAUGUGGACUUCCCUCUUCUUGGGACACGGCGUAAUCAUCUGUUUGUACUCCCAGGAGUGGUAUGCCCAGCGCUACUGCCCUCUAAAAGAGCCCUCCCUGCGAGAGUUACUGCAGCCUCGGUCAUGGACCUGCCAGAAAAGUGUGAUGACCAAUUAACUGGGUGUGACCUGGACUGCAACUGUGACAUGCUCAUUCACUAUCCUUUCUGUUACUGUCCUAAGUUUUGGUGUCUGCUGUUUUUCUUCGUUUAUUGCACUAAAGUUACUACUGAAUUGUCAUAAGAAUGCAUGGAAAAGAUUCAAUAAGUCUUUAUUCCCCAUGCGAACAGGUGCCUUACUUAUAUUUUCUGUCUUCAACAAAUAUAUACAGUAUAUAUUGUGCGUGCGCUAUUUUACACAUGAAUUUCCCAAUCCUUUUGACUUGAUCUACUGUGAGGUUACAUCUUGUGUCAAUAUUAGAGGACCAGUCAUCAAUGUGGCCAGUCAUUAUGUACAAAUCAUUCACAUAUGCAGUAAUAGUUAAUAUUUAACAAACCCAGCAAUUGCAUCCGAAUCAUAAAGGUCAUUUCGUUUCAUUGGUAUUUCGCAUUUCGAGGUAGUUGGGCUCUUCGAUCAUUCAAAUGGCAUAUUAUAAAAAGAAAUAUCAAGAUAAUAUAUUCUGUGUCACCUAUGUAUUCUAUAUAACUUGAACUGGCUUGGCCAGAUGUUGUGCAUGAUUGACAUUUUUUUUUUCCUUUGGGACCAAAAUGAGAUUUUAUCCUCAACAU